GGGUGAGACGGCCGAACGGGAAAUAUCGGACCGAAGCCUCAGCUUAUCAGAUAAACUGGAGGUGGACCCUGGACCUGUCACCAGGAGCUUUCCAUCGACUCGUGCAUCAUCAACAGCUAUCCAAUAGACUCCGUAGCUCCACUAUUCCCUCGGCCGGUCAUAAUACAUUGCCGCCGCAAUCGCUCAACUCUCCCGUCCUGCAUCCCACAUCCCUUCCACGGGCUUCGUGCAAUGCCCAGAUAACAUCCACAUCACCAGCCUUGCCACGCCACACACCCUACCGACAUACCAGAGGUAUCGCAUUAUGGGUACAGGACUACAAGAUCUUCCUCCCGAGUUGGUCUACCAGAUCGUCGAACACAUAGACAAGAGGCAUGCCUUGUUGACUAUCAGCAGGCAAACCUGCUACAUGGCCAGCGAAUCCAUCUACAACUCUUUGUCCAGCGGCGAGGAAGAACGUCACUCGAUUGACGGCUACACGCCUCCCCUUGCCAAGGUCGUCGAAGGGCUGCAGUAUGCGGAGCCAUUCGCAGAAAGGCCGUUCGGACGCGAGCUGAAGCUGGCAUUCCUGGCGAAUACCAAAGUCUUGCAGCAUUCUUUCGGCACCUACAUCUGUUUCCGAGAGUCUUCUUCCGAUGAAAAGACCCUCCUUCGGAUUACCUCCAUCUUUCAGCACCUCGCCUCCCAGUCCAUCGUCGUCUUUCCCUCGCUCACCGAGAUGCACCUGCACUGUACAGGCUGGUCGUCCAUCACCCCACCCAACCGCGCCUGCGCCUUUUCUCUCGCCAGGGUCUCAAAGCCGAGGGAUGUGGCGUACUGGCCAUUCAUCUUUGGGCUGGACGAGCUGCCCCCGUUGCCUGGGACUGCUAUACGGGCAAAGGGGCAGACGGAGGGAAAGCCGGGCGAGUACAAGGCGCUCGAGUUUGCGGCGGGGCACGUGCCCACAAAAGUCAUCCACGUACCGUACAAAGUCCCCUGCAUUCCCAGUGUCUGCUACGGCACCCUCAAUGUGGUAUCGUACAGUCAACUAUGGUCCCACCCCGCGUGGUCUGUGAGCGAAACGGUAGACUACCUCCUGUCGAUCUUGCGGUACGCCCAUCCAGAGGUGUUUGACCCAGACAAUGAAGUGGUCAGAGAUAUGCCGGCAAAGGACCGGGAAAAGAGAGAAAAGACCACUUGGGCGUUCCUGUGGGUGGGGAGGUUUACAAAGAAGGAAGGCAAGACAUACGGGACAAUGAUGAAGAUGGUGGAAUGUGGAUUGUAUGAAGCUGUGGCGUGUAUGAAGGGACGAAUCAAGUUUUCGGUUGGUGAAGUGGGCAAGUAAUUGUAUUUUGAAUUGUUGUUAAUGGUCAGCAUGUAUCACCUCUACUCUGUCG